AUGGACACUUCAGACCCAAUGCUGACAUUGGAGGCACUCUCGGACUCAUUAGACGAGCUGGAAGCUAUGCUGGAGCCCCUCUUUGAGAAACCGCUACAACAAUCCCUUGAGGGUCUUGACACAAUCCAAAGGGUACGCGUCAAAUCUUAUGUUGAAAAAAUAUCCGAGCUUGAGACAGAACCAGCUAAACGGAACCUCGUGGUGGAUCAAGCUGCCGCCAACAGAUUCAUUAAAGCAGCAAUUACUAAAGUAAAGGCCAAAACAGCUUCCUCUGGAGCGGCUGCAAGCGAAAGCGACACUGUCGUCCCUCUCGGCAAACAUCUCAAAUUCUUAGACUCGAAACCGAAAGCAGAGGAUUCCUCAAGACACGAUGAAGCCCCUGAAGACGACAGCCUGGAAAUCCAUGUAAAUGAAGAUGAUGAACACACAUCAAGUGGAAGAAAACGGAAGAGAAUGGACGUAUUUGCCGGCUAUGGUGCUGAUACGCCUAAAUAUGAUCACGGAGGUUCAGCGCAGCCGGAGGGAGAGGGCGCUGAAACCCAAGAACUGAGCGAGAAUAAGGGGGGAAGAAGCGGAAGCAGAAGCAGAGGGCAUGAGCGGGGACAAAUUGGGAGCAGAUUGGGGAGCCAGAGCGCGGGAGGGUCGGAAAAGAACAAUAUAUGGCGGGGUUGGGCGAGGAAACGAACGAGGGAGACAACCGAACAGCGAUCGGAUCACGUCGACAUCGGACUUGUGGAAGGACCAUUCACAGUCCAGGUCAAUGGGCGAACGAAACCAAACCGCACACUUCAGAUGAUGGAAUGGUCCCUAUCGCGUCCGCGUUGA